CUUGGGAAAUUAUGCAUCUCUCCAUGGAAAAAUAUAUUGUAAACCCCAUUUUAGGCAACUUUUCAAAUCAAAAGGAAAUUAUGAUGAAGGUUUUGGACACAAGCAGCAUAAAGAAUUAUGGACCUCUAAAGAUCAAUGUAGCUCAGUUGGCAAUAUUCAUGCUGAAGAAAUAAACCCCAUGAAUAGUAUACCUGUUGAUCCUAAACCAAUAACAGAAAUUGAUCAAGACUUGUACUCAGGUACUGAAGGUGCUCAUCCUGAUAUUUUGGAUAAUAAUUUGAAAAAGUCCACAGGAAGACGCAAGUUAAAGAUGACAUGGCCUCCUUCAAUAGAUGAUGCAACAUCUAAUAAAACAUUUUCUACUGAAGAAGUGUCUAAAGUAAAUAAGCUGACAUGGCCCCCAGAAGGUUUUGCUCAAGAAGGUUCUAGUUCACAUACAAAUAAACCUCUGGGCAAUAAAAAGGAUCCUCAGAAAAAAAAUGCUGUGAGAGAGCAAAAUGAAAAUAACACUGCAAAUGCACAACAAAAUCAACACUCAUCCUUUAGCUCUCUGUCUGAAAAAGAAGCUACAAAUAUCUGUAAAGCAAAGAAAAACGAAGCAGGAAAAGAUGAGGAAGCUGGGAACAUGCAAGAGAAGUUGAAUAAAACAGAAGAAUCACAGAAUAGGAAGGAAAAUAGAAAGGAUAUUAAUGAAGGUGAUAAUGUGAUUGUGUGUGGGGCUGUGAAGAAGGAAGAGGAAAAAAAAAAUGAAACUGGUAAUUCAGAAGUUGUACAGGUAACUAACAUUGAUGAUGUAACAGUUCAAAAGAAUCACAAAGAAUUCAGCUUGAAUAACAAUAACAAUAACAAUUAUGCCUUUUUUUCACAUCUAAACAUUUGUAGGCAUGAGAAAACUUUCUCAGCUCUGUCUAAUCCAAUGACAGCAUUGAGCCAUAAAGUUUUCACUGUAUCACAGCAUGCCUUUGCAAAGCUGGAAAAGCAGUCUGGAAAUGAAGAAAUAUUCGUGAUGUAUGAAUCUCAUGAGAGCUAUUCUAGUGAUACUAAGUCUUGUACUAAUAGCACAUUAGUUUUGAAGGAGGCAAAAAAUAUAGCAUUCCCUGUUGAUACUGAGUUCGUAUGUGUUGGAGAAGAAUCAAAAUACGACAAAAACUUAAAAGUUGGUUCAUCUGACACUCUGAAAACAUCUUUUGUUGAAAAAGACAACCUGGUUUUAGACUAUGGUCUAAUAGACUCUAUAAACUUAACUAAAAAUUCCUACAGUCCAUAUUCAGAAGAACAUGGGAAUUGUGAUGCAGAACUGAAUGAUGCCUGUCAAGAAAGUGAAAUAAUUGAAGUGUCAAAGAAUGACUUAAACACAAACUUAAAUUUACUGAGCUCAAGAUAUACAGCUGUUCCAUCAUCCCAAGGUGAGAAAGUCAAGUUCAAACAGCUUACUGUAGAAUAA